GGAGCCCAGAGAGAACUAGGGGCGGUUCCUCCCCCGCUCACCUACCCUACCGAGCUGUGAGCGGUGUGGUUGGUGCGGGCCCCGAGACCCACGUGGUGCGGAGACUUGAGUGGCCAGCUUUAGUCCUCCCAGACUUUCAGGACUUUUGGGUCGGCUGGCAACGAAGAUGCCGAAGAUCAAGUCAGGGGCGAGCGGCCGCCGCCGCGAUCGUCUGCUACAGCGUCGCGAGCUGAAGAGUGCUGGAGGACUCAUGUUCAACACAGGGAUAGGGCAGCACAUUUUGAAAAAUCCUCUCAUUGUCAACAGCAUUAUCGAUAAGGCUGCCUUACGACCAACUGAUGUGGUGCUGGAAGUUGGACCUGGCACUGGCAAUAUGACUGUUAAGUUGCUAGAAAAGGCAAAAAAGGUAAUUGCCUGUGAACUUGACCCAAGGCUAGUAGCUGAACUUCACAAAAGAGUUCAGGGCACACCUCUGGCCAGCAAACUGCAAGUAAUGGUGGGUGACGUGUUGAAAACCGAUUUGCCAUUCUUUGAUGCGUGUGUGGCAAAUUUGCCUUACCAGAUCUCUUCUCCUUUUGUCUUCAAGCUGUUGCUGCACCGGCCUUUUUUCAGAUGUGCAAUACUUAUGUUUCAAAGAGAAUUUGCUCUCCGACUGGUUGCAAAACCUGGAGAUAAGUUGUACUGCAGACUCUCAAUUAAUACACAACUGUUAGCACGUGUGGACCAUUUAAUGAAAGUUGGCAAGAAUAACUUCAGACCACCACCAAAGGUGGAAUCCAGUGUUGUAAGAAUAGAACCUAAGAAUCCACCGCCACCUAUCAAUUUUCAGGAAUGGGAUGGCCUGGUAAGGAUCACCUUUGUUCGGAAAAACAAGACACUGUCUGCUGCAUUUAAGUCAAGUGCAGUACAGCAGCUACUGGAAAAAAACUACAGAAUUCACUGUUCAGUCCAUAAUACCAUAAUACCAGAAGAUUUCAGCAUAGCAGAUAAAAUACAGAAGAUCCUAACCAGCACAGGUUUCAGCGACAAGCGGGCCCGCUCCAUGGACAUAGAUGACUUUAUCAGAUUACUACAUGGAUUCAAUGCAGAAGGUAUCCAUUUUUCUUAGGCCUGGAAGACAGAAUUUUUCAAACUCAAAAGAAACUGGAACUGUAUGUUUUUAAUAAUUUGAGAAGCUGAAGGAUGCUUUUCCUCCAUUGGGACACUGUGACAAUUUUUUAUUUAAUACUACUGUUGUUACCAGUUAUUACUCUGCAUUUCUAAGGUAGUUAAGUAAGUCAGUUUAAGUACCCAAAUUUUUUUGGUUUGGGUUUGUUUUUAGUAUCUUACAUAGGCCAGAAGCCAAUCUAUACACAAUUAUCUUCAAGUUCAAGAGCCGCAGACACGCACAACUUUACCCUUAAAUUUACCAUUUCUAACAGGUUAUUUUAUGAAGAUGUUACUUUUCUACUUUCUGUGGUAUAUAUUACUGUGAGGACCUCUUUAGACUUUCAGCUCUUUAGGUCUUUAUCCCUCAGGUGUAAGUUAAAAUACGCUUAACUGAGUCACAUGCCCACCAUACCACUUCCUUGUUGUUCUUGUGUAUAGCAAAAACAGUUUUCUUAAACUGCUUUAAUUUUGUUUUGCUUACCCUACACAACUUCUUUGAUUGCUUACCUCUUUAGCUAGCCUGUAACAUCAGCAUAUACGCAGGGGCUCUGCGAAAGCUUGUGUCAGCUACUGAGGCCAUGUGGUGCCAGACAUACUACUUCUGAGCACGAUUCCUGUAAAUGAGGAGGCUCAACUACAGUGCGAAAUGAAAUAUAAGAUGAUACGAUUUUUUUUCUUGGGGAGAUAGUCAUAGGUUUAAUGAAAGUUUCCAAAGGUUUUGUAAAUCAAAACGAUGUAAAAUUUAAAAUGUCUGCCCUUCGACUUCAAAACAAGCAAAAAACCUCAACCAGUCAUUUUCCUACAAGUAUAUCUCUAACUUCUGGAUGAUUAUUUUAAGGUAUUUCUGAAAUGUAUGGUUGAGAAUUUCAAUAGAUGUCAUAACCAAGUCUUAAUUAGCUACUAUGUUUUAGUCAUUACCAAUAUACUAAUUGUUAAUGCCCUUUGUUAAAGAAUUACACGUUAUUUUAUUUAUAUAAGGAAAUAAAAGUAUCUUCAUUGAUAUUUGGCUUUCUUUAUGCCUAACUUAACAGAAGGAGUGUUUCCAAAGUAUUUUAACAAAAGUAUACUGAGUAAACCUAGAAGGGAAGUCGUUUACCUAAACAGAUUUUUUUUUAAAUAUGACUUCAAAGUGAUAUAUUAAAAUAUCUCUAUACAAUGAAAAUAUUGUAUGUUCUUAGCUACUUAUUAAUAGUGAUAUCAGUUUUCAAGACUGAGAAGGUAAAGAAUAUUUGUUUAAUCCAGAUCCAACAAAUUAUUUCUUAAAUAGCCACAUCAAGCUACUUUUGCUAUAUAAAUAUUAAAUAUACUUAAGAGUAGGUUUUUAAAAAUAUCACAAAACUAUUUCUCAAAAUUCCCUUGUAUUAUCUCUUCUUACAGGAAAUUUUUAAGAUUUAAUUCAGCUUUUCCUCUCCACCCUAGUAACUGCUGAGUUUGUCCCUUUUUUGACCUCUAGUUUUCCCAUCUGUAAAGCUGAAGGACUGUAUUACACCACCAAGAUCUUUGCUAGUAACUGACUGUUUAUAUAUACCUUGAUUACUGGUCAGAAUGAAGCCAUUACAGGAUAAGGCAGCAAAUUUGGAUCUAAAGGGACCUUCUAGAGGUCUAACCCAUCUAUUUUAAACAAUAAAGACUAACCUGUUGUGCUUUACAAUGAACAAGCUCACAUCUUUUUAUUGCCCUUUGGAGGUUGGUUAGGCUCAAAGACUACCUUUAUAAACGGACUCGGCAAGGUCAGUAGUAACAGUUCUCCAUUAUUACUCUUCUCUUUGAAAUAAACACAAAUAGAACAUAUCUUAGAGCUGCAAGAAAACCUGAGUCCCUUCCAAAACAAAGGUGAUUAUAUUGAAAAAAAAAUUAUCUCUAAACUCAUUCCAUAGAUUCCAUUUAUUAAUAAGCACAUUGUGAAAAUCUACAUUUGUUCUAGAUUUCAAGUUUACAGAGGAGCAUUUCACCAUGGUGUUAGGAUUUCCCACAACUACCCUCUGAGUUCUAUGAAGUGAAGUAGGGAAUCUGGCUCGUGUGACUCUAUUCAUAGUUUCCCUUUGGCCCAUAUGAAUGAGCUAGUAGGUACUCUUGGGAGAUUUUUUUGUUGCUGCUAACCUGCUCCUGGACUCCCCUAGGAAACUGAGAGAAACCUCCUAGAGAGAUAUAUAAAUUGUUUAACAAAAUAUUUACAUGAAAAGUGGCCAGUUUUCUUCCUUGGAGUAGCAAUCUGUAAAAAUAAGUGCUACCAUUUAAAAAGUAGCAUACCCCUAGACCAAUUUGUUGGUGAGAAUCUGGUGAUUCUCAUCAAGUAACGGUGAGACAUCACACGUUAGGUAACAGAUGGAGCUUGGAUUAGAGAUCUGCCUUUUAAGGCGAAGUCAACUCUUUUUAGCUUAAUUCUUUUUCAAGGGAGUUACAUACUGUCUACACUUGGCUUAAACUAACAGUUCUAUUAUGGACUACUUUCAAUGUAUUAUGUAAAUGGCCAUGCAUCAAAAGCCAAUUUCCUUUACCAGUACAUUUAAAAGAUACAUUUUAGGGUGCUAAUGGACACUUCAACUUAAGUAAUGGUGUUGGUAAGGAGCAAAUUGCACUAUUAGUCUUGUUAAUAACACACUGGAACACACUGCAUAUAUAUGUAUUAUCCUAAGAUAAAACUCUUCUCAGAAUUUCAUUACUUUUUAUUAUACACCAACUAGUUUAUAUUUUAGUUCUUUACAAAGAAAAUGCUAAGAAAAUUAUAUCCACAUGUUAUAUGUUUUAAAAUCAUAAUUCCAGAUUUCUUUACAUAUAAGAUGGAGUGGUCCAGCAGCUAUGUCCACUGUCACAGACUUUAGUUCCAUUCAAUAAUAUGGCACAUCCUGCAAAAUUAACUAGUAACACACAAAAAAUGUCUCAAAUACAGUAAAAAUGUACACACAAUAAAGGUAAUUUACAAGGACAAAUAAGGAAUGUAAUUUAACUUGGCUGUGCUUCAGAAAUUUAGGGUUAAUAGCCUUAGUCAAGGCACAAAGCAGGAAUAGGUGAGCACAGCUGUCUCUAGGAGUGGGCAAGGUAUGUACAAUCACAUAUGAGGUAUGCAUGCACGCAAAGAAUUUAAAACUGCUCAGUCUUGCUACGGAAAUUGAACUGAGUUAGGAAAUGCGGUGGCUGCCCCCUAUUAUUCACCCUUGGAUCAAGUCCACAAUCUUACUUCAUCAUACAGAAAAUAAAGUUGGCAGGGAUCUCUAAAAGUAAAUCACUAUUUGGGUAAAUGAAACAAAAUGCUUCACCAUCCCCAAAUCUUGGCUGUGCCUCCUGAACUAGAAGCAUUUUGUAGACAAUGUUGUGUUUCACAAAACUGAAAUGUCAUUCAGGCAAAGGGACGAGACAUUUCCCACAGACACUUUACAUUCCCAACUCUCAAAUGGCCCUUACAGCUGAACCUUGUGUUGUUAAAACUGAGGGUUCUAGGGAUCCGUUAGCAGCAAAUGCCAAUUUAAAGGGCACGGGGUCGCUUCGGGUUGAUUUGCUUGCUGGCCUGUUCUUCUUCUUGUAGAGCUGCACGAAAAGAUUUCACUUUAUCUU